AUGGAACACAAGAAAAGCACCACGAAGGUUCGCCCAUUUGAUUCUGAUGAAUGGCAGGUGGAAUACUUUGUUGCAUCUGAUGCGUCCGCUAUUAUCGAACAUACGAAACAAGUGCUGUUCCUAGAGGACGAUGAUGUAGCCUUUGUUGAAGAUGGAGCCCUAACAAUCCAUCGUGUUGGUCGUAGCUCUUCUGAGGACACAAUGCAAAAACGAGAAGUACAAAAUCUGAAUAUGGAAUUGCAGCAAAUAAUGAAAGGCAAUUUUAAGACAUUCAUGCAAAAGGAGAUUUUCGAGCAACCGGAGUCCAUAGUGAACACUAUGAGAGGUCGGCUUCUUCCAAGUGGACAAGUGGUCUUGGGUGGAAUAAAGGACUACACUUCAGAUAUCAAGAGAUGUCGUCGGCUUAUAAUCGUGGCGUGUGGUACGUCUUACAAUUCGGCUAUCGCGUGUAGGCAGAUUCUGGAAGAGCUUUCCGAAUUGCCAGUCGUGUUAGAGCUGGCUUCGGAUUUUCUGGAUCGCAAGACGCCGAUCUUCCGCGAUGAUGUUUGCAUCUUCGUUUCCCAGAGUGGAGAGACAGCCGACACCCUCAUGGCACUUAGGUACUGUAAGCCUCGAGGUGCUCUUCUUAUAGGAGUCACAAAUACCGUGGGUUCAUCGUUAUGUCGUGAAUCACACUGUGGAAUUCAUAUCAAUGCAGGUCCUGAAAUAGGAGCAUACACGUCACAAAUAUUGUCUCUCCUAAUGUUUGCUCUUGUAUUAUCUGAUGACCGUAUUUCGAUGAUGAGCAGAAGGAAGGAGAUCAUUACCGCUCUCAGUGAGCUACCAGGUCUGAUUCAAGAGGUGCUCGAAUUAGAUGAGGAAGUGCUUAAAAUUGCUCGGAAGUUUUAUAAAGAGAAAUCGCUACUUAUCAUGGGUCGAGGAUAUAAUUUUGCGACAUGUCUUGAAGGUGCUCUCAAAAUUAAGGAACUGUCAUACAUGCACUGCGAAGGAAUCAUGUCCGGUGAGCUGAAACAUGGGCCGUUGGCCAUGGUCGAUGAGAAUUUAUGUGUUUGUAUGGUUAUUUGUAAUGAUUCCGUUUAUAAGAAGUCUUUGAAUGCUCUUCAACAAGUUGUAGCCCGAGGCGGAGCACCCAUUAUUAUAGCAGAUCGCUCUGUGCCCGAAAAGGAUUUGGCCGGAAUGGAGCAUGUGCUGAAAGUUCCGAAGACUGUUGACUGUGUUCAAAACAUCCUAACCGUCAUUCCACUGCAGUUGAUGGCCUAUCACAUCGCUGAACUCAACGGACAAAAUGCAUGUUUUAUUCUACGACCUUUGGUAGAUCGUCCACGAAAUUUGGCCAAAUCAGUCACUGUUGAGUAA